GCAUGCAGAAACUAGCAAUAGAUCUCAGCUGCAUUCUCUUGAGCUGAUCAAUUAGUAAGAACUAAAAAGUAACAGAGGAUAAUGGGUCAUAAGGCGACUGAUUUGGCUAAUUUGAAAUUCCUGGUGAUCCUGAUUAUGAUCUGGUUUUCUGGAUCACAUGCAGUACGUAUACAAGUGCAAGACUGUUGCCUGAAAUAUUCAAAGGGAUCUCUCCCAUUUAUGCGCAUUGCUGGUUAUGUGGAGCAGAAGUCCAAUGAAGCUUGCAGAAUAGAUGCAAUUGUACUGUAUACUGUGAAAGGUCGGUGGGUUUGUGCAGAUCCAAAACAUAUAUGGGUGAACCGUGCACUUCGCUAUUUAAGUGCAAAGCUGGAGAAAAUGUCCCAGAAAAACAAAGUUCUUCAACCUACAACAGCAAGUGUUAACUGAUAUCCUUAUUACCAUCUUACAAGGUUAUUGUAUAGGUUUUUGCAACAGCUAAAUCUUAAGUGUUUCAAAUUUAUUAAAGCCAUACUGUAGUAUUAGCUGCUGAAAUGACAUGUUCAAAUUGUGUAUAUACUGGUUUAGUUAUGAGCAUGGUUUCUGAAAAGUUGAGGCUGCAUUUAAGAUUAAUUUUGAAUAUAUUAGCUUCAAAUAAUGUAUUUCCACAUUCACUGACAAAGUAUUGAUGUGGGGCUUCAAAGCUGCCUUUGAAUGUCGGAGGUGAUGGGUAUUUUGUCUUGUUGGUGAUAGACAUUGCUAAGCAUUUGUGUGCUGAAUGUUGCAUGCCACUUAUGAGAAUGUCAUCUAGCUCUUACUGAAUGUAAAUAUAAACUGGUUCAUUAUCUGAGGAGCUGAGAAUAAUAUGGAAUAUUCUGUGCAACUAUCAGAGAGCAUCCCAAUUAACAAGUGAUUUCCUUUGGCUAUGUUUGAUCUUUGGACUUCAUGGAGUCUGAAAUUAUUUGGCAGCACCUAAUAAAGUCAACAUGGGUUUCACCCAACAGUCUUAUUUCAUUUUUUUAGGGACACCCUUCUGAAGUAAGUAUCACUUAGGAGUUAGCUGGACAGCAGUGAACCUUCUCUGCAAGGACCAUAGGGCUGAAGCCCUACUCACUGACAGUUGGCAGCCUAACAUACACCAGUAGUUCUAUUGAAUGACAGCACCAGUGGAGAAGUGGUAGCUGCUGCUACUACAACACUCAUGUGGUGGCGAGAUGGGCAUCAUGGAGGUGGAUGCUGGGGCACACUAAGGGCAAAGGGUAGCUCUAAGUGACCACCAGUCCCUGCAACAUUCCUGAGGCCAGUUUCCUCAAUCUGACACUAAUGUCUUUGAACAGGUUACACCUCCCCAGGUUCCCAAAAGUAACAUUGCACAACUUUGCCUGUUAUUUUUCCCGGAAGGUCAGCCCCUGCACAUUGCUGGAUUAAUACCACCAACAGUGAGGUGACCCCCUUCAUUGGAUAAUGAUUGCCCACUUAAGGACUUCAACUGACAUAAGGACAUGAAGCUUCCGUGACAUUUCCAUGACACUUUUCCUUAGAGACUUUAGUGGAGGGGAGGCUGGAAGGUUAUGGAUGUCAAUAGCUGGGAGAAAGUAAGGACUGCAGAUACUGGGAAUCAGCGUCAAAGAGUGUGGUGCUGGAAAAACAGCCAGUC